AUGGACCCAGAGGGGAGAGAAUACCAUAGGAAAAUCAGUGUUGCAGUAAGGGAGGAGAUUAAUUGCAAUUGGGCAGACAGAGAGAUCUGGAAGGUGAAGAACGGAGUUGAGAUCCGUGAGGUGGGAUCGAAUCUAUACGUCUUUCGAUUCUUCAGCGAGAAGGAUCGUGAAGGGGUCCUUAAACAAGGUCCGUGGAAUUUUGAUAAGUCUCUGGUGGUGCUUCAGAUCUUGGAUCCAGACUCGAUCCCGGCGGAAGUUCCUCUGGUUCGAGCCGCGUUCUGGGUUAGGGUUCACGAUCUACCGUUGGGCCUGAGGAAGGAGGCUGUUGCAGUCUCGAUCGGAGAUUUCUUGGGUGGAUUCAUCGGAUGGGACAGAUCUAAUGAUCGGAGACUGGGACCGUUCCUAAGAGUAAGAGCGAGAGUCAAUAUUCAGGUCCCGAUCUGGAGAGGCACUUUGAUCGCCAGAUCGGGUAAGGAUCCGGUGAAGGUGUGGUUUCAAUAUGAACGGUUGGGGAAUUUCUGCUAUAGUUGUGGAGCUUUUGAUCAUGUGUUGAAAGACUGUGAUGAUUUUGCUGGAGAUGAGGCUGAGGAUGAGGUUCAUGAUUUCCCCUUUGGGUCUUGGCUGUGUGCUCCGCCGCUGCGCCCCAAUGUGGUAUCGGGAGUUCGCGGUAUGCCAUCUAACUCGGGAGUCAAAGUUGUUCUUGUCCAUGGGGCGGAGGAGGAGAAGGACCCUGAGGUGGUGGAGGAUGUGAUCCUUGUUCCUGAAUCGAGGAUGGGUGGGAAACACUCAGAACUGGUGGACUCUCUGGUUUCAGGACUAUCUAAGGUCAAUGUGGUGCAGAAUGCAGAUAUGCUAGCAGUGGCCACUGCUAUCGCCGAGGACAAAGAGAAUGCGAGGCUGUUGGAAUCCCCUAGGGUGAUCCCACAGAGAGGCAAUGGUUUGGUUCUUGCGGAUGUGGAGAACACUUUGCAAUUUGUGGAGUCUUCCAAGAAAAUUGAGACUCAAGUGAAGACUAUUGUGUCUAAGGUUGUGUCUAAGGAGAAGAAAGUUGUGAAGAGAGGCAAUCCUGGGGGCAAGAAGUGGAAGAAGGCAGCUAGAGGGGGUGGCUCCAGCUGCUCAGAGGGAGAAGAGGGAGGAAGUUGUCUCUAA